AUGACGAACGCCGCUUCCGAGUUAAACCUAACUGACGUAGCGGUCGCUGGCCCCGACAUCUCCUGGGGAAAUUUUGCGAACAGUGACUUCGUUUUGGCACUUUACGGCGUGAUCUGCACACUCGGUAUCGCUGGUAACCUUCUUGCGAUUUUCGUACUCCUUCGUGUGCCAUCCCUGCGGACGAACACCAGUGAUUUCUUGGUACACCUAUCGCUAGUUGACUUCUUAGUCUGCGUACUGGUCAUCCCCUUUAAGCUUGUCCCUACUACAGGCACACCGGCACCGAAUCCAGGGUUCCUGGGUGAGCUCAGAUGUCGGUUUUACGUCAGUCAGUACAUCUUCUGGGUCUGCACUUUGACAUCUAUUUAUGGUCUGGUAACCGUCAACUUGGAGCGGUUUGUAGCCAUCGUCUACCCUCUCAAGUACAAAGUGGUGUUUACCAGACGAAACACAUACGUCAUGAUGGCAUCGUGUUGGAUUGCAGCCGCACUUGAACAAUCUUACAGCUUAUUCCAGUACGGAGAAGACAAGGAAGUUGGAUGCAAGUUUGUGGAAUCGCCGAGCAAGGAGAUUCGGAUGGCCUUUGGAUUAUCCCACUGUUUCUGUUUUCUCGUUGCUCCUUUUGUUUUGCUGGUUUUUAUGCAAUGGAAAGUCAUUUCAAAGUUGAAGAACCAGGUAAAAGCACUGGAGAAUAGACUGGCUUCUUCCGCCCGCAACCCAUCUGAUCAGCGUGAAAUGUGGCAACUUGGGAUAUCCAGAAAGCUGUCAAAGACCCUCCUGACGUUCGUCAUCACCUUCACCGUCUGCUGGGUUCCCAACGUUAGUUACUACUUCUUUUACGUUGUUGGUGUCCAUGGAGAUUUCGGCAAUCCUAUCUACCAUUUAAGUGUUAUACUUGCGAUUGGUAAUUCCUGCUUGAAUCCAAUUAUUUACAUCAUGACAAACAAGGAGUUCCGGGGAGGGAUACGAGAGGCGUUCCGCACGGCACGGGGUUCUGCCCGUGUUGGGGACGAGGCUACUGGAGAUGUGGCUACAGGAACAGUUUCAUUCUCUGUGCCGGCUUCAAACAAUAAUUGA